AUGCAUGGGGAAGAUGUUAAGGAAGAAGGAGAAGAAAUUAAGGAAGGAGCAGAAGUUAGGGAAAGAGAAGAAGUUUGGGAAGGAGAAGAAGUUUUGGAUGGGAAGAAGUUAAGUAUAAAGAACAAAGAGAUUAUAGUUAACGAUGGAGAAGAAGUUAAGGAAGCAGAAGAAGUUAAGGAGGAUGGAGAAGAAGUUAGGGAAGGAGAAAAAGUUAAGAAUGAAGAACAAGUUAGGGAAGGAGAAGAAGUUAAGGAUGGAGAAAUAGUUUGGGAUGGGGAAGAAGUGAAGGAAAGAGAAGAAGAUAAGGAAGAAGAAAAAGUUUUGGAUGGAGAAAAAGUUAAGGAGGGAGAAAUGAUUAUGGAUGGAGAAGAAGUUACGGAGAAGAAAUUAGGGAUGACGAAGAAAGUAAGGAUGGAGAAGAUGUUAAGGAAGAAGGAGAAGAAAUUAAGGAAGGAGAAGCAGUUAGGGAAAGAGAAGGAGUUUGGGAUGGAGAAGAAGUUAAGGAUGGAGAAGAAGUUUGGAAUGGAGGAGAAGAAUCGAAUUAAGGAAGCAGAAGAAGUUAAGGAGGAUGGAGAAGAAGUUAGGGAAGGAGAAAAAGUUAAGAAUGAAGAACAAGUUAGGGAAGGAGAAGAAGUUAAGGAUGGAGAAAUAGUUUGGGAUGGGGAAGAAGUGAAGGAAGGAAAAGAAGUUAAGGAAGAAAAAAAAGUUUUGGAUGGAGAAGAAGUUAAGGAGGGAGAAAUGAUUAUAGAUGGAGAAGAAGUUAAGGAAGGAUAA